UAAUAGUGUUCUUUAAUGUUCAGGAAGAGGUUGGAGAAGGUGGGAAUCUGUACACUUCAGCCACCAUGUCUGGGAUUGGCAAUAAACGGACAGCUGGAGAGCCUGGCCCUUCUGCACCUCCAGAGAAGAAGGCAGGGGUUGAAGAUUCGGGCACCACUGUGGAGACCAUUAAACUUGGUGGUGUUUCUUCAACGGAGGAGCUGGACAUCCGGGCCCUGCAGACCAAGAACCGGAAGCUGGCGGAGAUGCUCGACCAGCGCCAGGCCAUCGAAGAUGAGCUGCGGGAACACAUUGAGAAGCUGGAGCGUCGGCAGGCCACUGACGAUGCCUCUCUCCUGAUCAUCAACCGCUACUGGAAUCAGUUUGAUGAAAAUAUCCACAUCAUCCUUAAACGCUUUGACCUGGACCAAGGUCUUGGAGACCUUUUGUCUGAAAGAAAAGCACUGGUGGUGCCAGAACCUGAACCAGACUCUGACAGUAAUCAGGAGCGCAAAGAUGAGAGGGAACGAGGUGAGGCACCUGUCUGGGGACAGUGGGAAAG